AUGCACAAGCCCUCGGGACCCCACCGGCCUCGCCCCUCGGACUUCUCGGACCCUCGCCUCUCCCCUCGGACUUCUCGGACCCCACCGGCCCUCGCUCCCUCGGACUUCUCGGACCCCCAACCGCCCCUCGCCCCUCGGACUUACCGCCACGCCCUCGGGACUUCCUCGGACACCCACCGGCCUCUCCCCCGCCCUCGCCCCUCGACGACCCCACCGGCCCUCGCCCCUCGGGACUUCUCGGACCCCACCAGCUCCUCGGACCCCACCGGCCCCUCGCCCCCUCGGUCUUCUCGACUCGCCCCUCGGACUUCUCCGGACCCCACGGCCCUCGCCCCUCGACUUCUGGACCCCAUCGGCCUCGCCCUCGGACUUCUUCUCGGACCCCCAACCGGCCCUCGCCCCUCGAACACUUCCUCGGACCCCCACCGGCCCUCGCCUCGGUCUCCCGCGGACCCCACUUCUCCCCUCGCCCUCGCCCCUCGGGACUUCUCGGACCCACACGGCCCUCGCCCCUCGGGACUCGCCCCUCGGACUUCUCGGACCCCACCGGCCCUCGCCCCUCGACCCUCGGACCCCACCGGCCCUCGCCCCUCUUCUCGGACCCCACCGGCCCUCGGCCCCUCGACUUCUCGGACCCGGCCUCGCCCCUCGGACUUCUCGGACCCCACCGGCCCUCGCCCCUCGGACUUCCCGGACCCCACCCGGCCCUCCGCCCCUCGGUCCUUCUCGGACCCCACCGGCCCCUCGCCCCUCGGACUUCUCGGCCCCACCGGCCCCUCGCCCCUCGGACUUCCUCGGACCCCACCGGCCCCUCGCCCCUCGGCCCUCGGACUUCUCGGACCCCACCGGCCCUCGCCCCUCGGUCUUCUCGGACCCCACCGGCCCUCGCACCCUCGGACUUCUCGACCUCCACCGCCCAUCGCCCCUCGGACUUCUCGGACCCCACCGGCCCUCGCCCCUCGGACUUCUCGGACCCACAUCGGCCCGCCCUCUUCUCGGAACGUUCUCGGACCCCCCCACCGGCCCUCGCCCCUCGGACUUCUCGGACCCCACCGGCCCUCGCCCCUCGGACUUCUCGGACCCCACCGGCCCUCGCCCCUCGGACUUCUUCGCACCCCCGCCACCGGCCCUCGCCCCUCCGGUCUUCUACGGAACACCCAGCCCGGCCUGCCGCCCCUCGACUUCUGGACCCCCACCCGCCCUCGCCCCUCGGACUUCUCGGACCCCAUCGGCGCCUCGCCCCUCGGACUUCUCGGACCCAUGGGCCUCGAACUUCCUCGGACCCCACCGGCCCUGCCCCUCGGACUUCUCGGACCCCACCGGCCCUCGCCCUCGGCCUUCUCGACUCCACCGCCCUGCCCCUUCGAGACUUCCUCGGACCCCAACGGGCCCCCGCCCCUCGAGACUUCCGGACCCUACCGAUGCUCGCUCUUAUUCCCCUGUCGCAGACUCCCCCAGCCCCUGUCAAGAGAGACUAUGUCCUUCCCUGCCACCGGGGAACCCCUCUCUCCCUGCCACCGAAGACCCUGUCUUCCCUUGCCAACAGUAUCCGGUCUACACCAGCCAACAGAGAACUUAUUUCCACCACCUACAAGAGAACCUACCUCUUCCUGUCCAGAAAGAACCAAUUUUCCCCUGCCAACAGAGACCAACCUCCUACCUCCCUGCCAACAGAGACCAACCUCCUACCUCCCUGCCUACAGAGACCAACCUCCUACCUCCCUGCCUACAGAGACCAACCUCAUAUCUCCCUGCCAACAAGACUCACCAUCCCGCCGCAAAAAAAAAACAUUUCUCACUACCAUCAGGGAGCCUACUUUUUUCUCGCCAGCAAAAGUUUGCGUCAAAGGCUAA